GGUCAUAACUAAAACAAGUAUAAUUAUGAGGGUUAGCUUUGGCCCCACUUCUGAGUUAGGACCAAUGAUUAAUGGCAGGGAAAAGGGAGCAGAGAAUCAUAUGGGCCAUGAGGACGGAGAAACAGAGGAAGGAAUGUCGGGAGAAGAACAAUUACUUCGUCAAUUGAAGAAAGAACGUGAAGAGGCGUCCAAGCGAGAAGAAGCUUUGAGAGAUCGGCUCACACUUCACGAAACAAUAAGCAGUAAACAAAUUCAAGAACUCAAGAAUCAAUUGAAAAAUUUGCAGCAAAAUGAAAGUUCACAAAAAGGAUUGUCGAGGCAUCGUGACAGUAUUUCGAGUAGCGGAACGUCAAGAUCAGAGAGAAAACGUGACGGCAAAUUCAAAGAUAUAAGGGAAAUGCAGAAAACAAUCGGCUAUUUAAAAGCUGAAAACGAAGAGUUGCAAGAAAGAUUAGAGAAAUUGACAGACUUUGUGAAGAUCGCAGGUGAUAUGAAAAAUCAAGCAAUAAAUCAAAUUUCAUCAAAAGAUACAAUAAUUCAAGGUUUACGAAGAGAAAUUCAUGCGAUGGAGAAGUUAUUUGAUGAAGAAUCGCGUCGAAGAAUUCAGGUUGAAGGCGAACUUCAUUCGUUACGAACAUACGUCGAUCAUCUCGGUCAUAAAUCAAAAGAGAAAAUGAAACAUCGAGUCGUUCAAACAGAGAUUAUGAUUCCUCCCAAAUUUAUUAUUGGAGCUAGAGGAACGGGAAGUGUAGUCGGUUUCUCAUCGAGUAACAGCACCAGUUUUGCUAAUCUUUCUGCUGCCGCUGCAUCCUGGAGAUUAAGACACCUGGAAAAGGAAUAUCAAGAAGAAUCACGAAAAUCGAAGCAAAAGUUUCAUGAAGCAGCAAAUAUACAUUAUCAACGAACACCGCCGCGUUCCAGAGUCAAUCCACAGAGACAUUCGGUUUCUGAAUUUCCGCGUCAAAAUAGUUCGUCCGUUAGUUCCAACAAUGCUAAUUUCCCACCAGAAGAAAUGUCUAGUAGAGGUUCAUCAGCAACAACUACAAGCCGUCUUCAAAGAGACAGGCCUUCCAUACGAGCUAGUUACGCCUCCUCUCACAACAAGGAUUCACAUAAAAAGAGACACAAUACGUUUUCAGAAAGCACUGAUACAACGGAAAUUUCGCAGUAGCCGAUUGGUUGAAUAUUGUAUAGUCAUAUUAUAUUUUCAAAAAAUUCAACUACAAAGAAACUACUAGAUUGUGCUAUAUCCAACUCGUAAUAACAACGCCAACAACAUUCCCGUACUGUUCGUUGAUAAAAGAACAUAGAUGCCCAUUAAUUGCAAUAUCGUAUAUCCAGACGCAUCUUUAAUUUUAAGGAUGAGAUUGUAAAAUAUGUAUUUUUAUGUCGUUUCUGACUUACAAAACUGCAUGUUUAAAAUUUGCAAAAUAUAAUAUAAUAUAGAAGCUUUGCGACAUGACAGAUCCAAUGACACAAUUUUACUACUGAUUGAAUUACACUGCUAGAAUCACAAUUUCAAAUACAGGUGGUAUUAUAUAUAUAUAUA